AUGUCAGGAAAUGUAGAGCACGUACUAGAGGCCAAUGAGGUACUUUAUGAUAAAAUAAUAGAGUCUCUAUCUGAUCAAUCAGUUAAAAAAUAUAAUAAUGAUAAGUUGACUUUGGCUGAACUCGACAAAUGGAGAACAGAUGAACUACCAAGCAUAUUGCAUCACCGAUUCGAAAAAGAAAGCAAUUGUUGGCUAACCAAAGACGAAUUGGUGUUGUUAAUGGAUUGGAAACUUGCAAAAGGUGUAUUUAGACCCUCCUUGCCUAAAUUAAUUAAGUCAAACCCUCCAGAUCAAGUGGAAGAAAUAACGAAAGCAGGGUUUACUAUGUUUCUUGAUUAUAUUAAAGAAACCAAUGCUGAAGAUUUUUGGAAGAAUGAUUCAAAAGAGAGAAGGAAGCAAUAUAAAUCUAAUAUAAGAUCAACAUUCAAGAAGGUAUGUGAAUUAAAAGGUGUUGGACCUGCAACAGCAAGUUUAAUUUUGUCUUUACUAUGCAAAAUUAACAAAUAUUUAGUUCCACCAUUUUUCAGCGAUGAGAGUUUCAUGUACUACGUUAUUGAUCCAGUUAGACCUGAUACGAAAAUAAAAUACAGUGUGAAAGAAUACGUGGAUGAAUUAUUGGAAUCAUACUUUGACAUUUUAUUUGGCUUCAAAAGAGACGACUUUCUUAACAUGGAUAUUCUAGAAAAGGGUGGGUGGAGCUUGAAAAUGUAUGAUAUUCACAGAUUUGAUAUUUUGGCAGAUAUAAAGGUUCCAUUUGAAGUUGACGACAGGAAUUUGGCUAAAUUUAUUUAUAAUAGUAAGGAAGAUGAAAAGAAGAUAAGUAAAGAUACGGAGGAGGAGGAUGUCGACCAGCCAAUCCUUAAGAAACAGAAGAAGUAA